UAAAAAAGACAAAAAAAACCUCAUGCUGACUGAGUAGAUUGACUGGCUGGCUGUGUCGCUUCAGUCCUCAGAUUUUGCGCUGGGUGACCAGAAAAGCCAUGACACGGAGCAGACGAUGAACUGACGUGACAUGAACUUGGACGCAUUGAGAGAAAAGGCUCGUGAGCUGAGACGAGGAGAUCUUCAGCUGGACUCGAGUCAAACUUUCCAACAGUGAGAGGAAACGGAGAACUGGGGAACAACAGGAGACAAACAAGGCAGAUACCCGUAGAGAGAAAAAGAGUGGAACAGAAGAAGAAAAAGGGGGGCGUUGACCUCUUGACCCUGCAAACAUCAACCAGCAUCUUGCGUCAUCAUGGAUACAGACACCAGCCUCAAUCAUACAAACAGCUCCUCACAGCGUCAAGACACAGAGUUGUUCUCGUCUGAAGAGGACAGCAGCCUCUACUUCACCUACAGUGGAGGGUGCAACGAACUGGAGGUCAACAACCUGCACUACGAGGUAGACACAGCAGCUCAGAUCCCGUGGUAUGAGAAGUUGUCAGAGUUCAAGUUGCCGUGGGAGAUUAAAGGAAACAAGCAGACAGCCAUCAACAAGCUCAGCCUCCGAGUCCACAGCGGGCAGAUGCUGGCUGUCAUUGGCAGCUCAGGUUGCGGUAAAACAUCUUUGCUGGAUAUAAUAACAUGUCGCGAUGAGGGCGGUACAAUGACGUCCGGUCAAGUUCUGAUUAACGGAAAGCCCAACACGCCCCAGCUGGUGAAGAAGAGCAUCGCUCAUGUCCGCCAAGAUGACCGCCUUCUUCCUCACCUCACUGUCCGUGAAACUCUCGUUUUUGUCGCCAAACUGAGGCUCCCCACCCACUUCACACAAGCUGAGAGGGACCAGAGGGUGGAUGAUGUCAUCGCAGAGCUGCGGCUGCGACAGUGUGCUCACACCAGAGUGGGAAACGACUACGUGAGGGGAGUUUCUGGAGGGGAGAGGAGGAGAGUCAGUAUAGCGGUCCAACUUCUCUGGAACCCUGGUAUUUUGAUCCUUGACGAGCCCACAUCAGGUUUGGACAGCUUCACAGCCCACAAUUUAGUGAUCACACUGUCCCGCCUCGCCCGGGGAAACCGUCUGGUCUUGCUGUCGGUCCACCAGCCUCGCUCAGAUAUCUUCCAGCUCUUUGACCUCGUCGUCCUCCUUUCUUCGGGUUCAGCCGUUUACUGCGGCGCUGCUCGUGACAUGGUGCCUUACUUCACUGCCCUGGGAUACCCCUGUCCGCGAUACUGCAACCCCUCAGACUUCUAUGUUGAUCUGAUCAGUAUAGACCGGCGCAGUCCGGAGCAAGAAGCUGAGUGUUUGGAGCGGUCCAGAGUUCUGGCUGAGCAAUUCAUGGAAAAGGUUCGAGAUACAGACGAUCACAUGUGGAAACUAUCUGGGGCCAACACAACACCGACAACACAAACUGAAAGUCCUCAGCAGCUGAAAAAAGUCAAAGGAGAGGAAGUUAUCACCAUUUCCGAGCAAAGAAACAGACUGCCUGGCAGACUGCACCAAUUUACGAUCCUCAUCAGGCGUCACAUGUAUAAUGACUACAGGGACCUGGUCACCUUACUGGUUCACGGCUUCGAGGCCCUCCUCAUGUCACUGCUGGUCGGUUGUCUCUACUACGGGGCAGGAGCAGAGCGCCUGUCCAUUCAGGACACAGUGGCCCUUCUCUACAUGAUCGGAGCCCUCACGCCAUUCGCUGUGGUGCUGGACGUCAUAGCAAAAUGUCACACAGAGAGAGCCAUGCUCUACCAUGAGCUGGAGGACGGCAUGUACUCCGUCACCUCCUACUUCUUUGCCAAGGUCCUGGGGGAGUUACCUGAGCACUGCGUGUUCACCUUGGUGUACGGCCUGCCCAUCUACUGGCUGGCUGGUCUUAAUGAAGCUCCUGAUCGUUUCCUGCUCAACUUCCUGCUUGUUUGGCUGAUGGUUUACUGCAGCCGAGCCAUGGCCCUGUUUGUAGCUGCCGCGCUGCCCACCCUGCAGACCUCAGCUUUUGCAGGCAACUCCUUUUUCACCGUCUUCUACUUGACCGGAGGUUUUGUCAUCAGCCUGGAGAAUAUGUGGCUUGUGGCUUCGUGGCUCUCUCACGCCUCCUUUAUGCGUUGGGGUUUUGAGGGCAUGCUGCAGGUGCAGUUCAGGGGCAACAAGUACCCUGUCACCAUUGGAAACUUCACCUUUAAUGUUGACGGCAUACAUGUGGUGGAGGCCAUGAACAUGAACCAGUACCCUCUGUACUCAUGCUAUCUGGUCCUGUUGGCAGUUGUUCUGGUCUUCAUGGCGCUCUAUUACAUAUCCCUAAAAUUCAUCAAACAGAAGUCCAGCCAGGACUGGUGAACAGGUUCGACCAUCACACCAAACGCUGUCAGGAAUCGAGUCUGUUUUUUGUUUUGUUUUUUUGCAGCUGCUGCAGCAGUAGAAGAAAGUACUUUGCGUUCUAGUUCGACUGGUUCGACACUGAGCCAUGCUUUCCAUUUUCAUUUUAGUGUUUAAUUUAGUAGAAAAAGUAAAAUAUCUGUUUUGAAUUCCUCUUUUCACAAUAAUGGAUGAAUGAUUAAUGAAAUAACUCCCGACACCCAUCGUGUUUAGAUAAUAACCCCAGAUUCACGAAACCUCCCACAAGCUUUCAUGUUCAAGCAAGUGAUUACUUUAACCCAAACCUUACUCUUUCCCAAACCCAGCCAAGUGCUAUUUGUGCCUGGACCAAUCCAGACUUUCACCACAGCUUUGUCACAUCAUAAAACAGUGAGACAAAAAUAUUUUUAGCAGCCUCAAUUGAGCGUUCAAAGUCACCGUUCUUGUUGUAUAAAGUUAUUCUAAAAAGUGAGGCACUUUCUCUUAUUUUGAUUAAUUUAAAAAAAUGUCAACGAACACUGCCUUAAUAGUGUAAAUACACGUGUAAUUGAAAUUUGGGGUGAGAAGAGAAAGUUUAGGAGAAACAUUUGUUGCAGUGCUGCUGUCUGCUGCUGGGUGGCAGCAGAGCACUGCAGUAACAUCAGAGUUAAUUUUUUUUUUCUCCCUCUCUUCUCCGUCUUGGCAAAUGAUUAGAGCAUCACUUUGGCAGAUAUCCAUCUGCAGCUUUUGCUUGUUCCAUUUUCAAUCUUCUUUUUUUUCCUACAGCUUUAUCUUUUUUUUUUUAUAUGUAAGGUUAUUAAGCUUAACAAUGUGUGUGCCAGUAUAGGGAGCACUGGAAAAAAAAGCCGAGUAGAGAUUUAGUAAGUCACACUCAGAAAAAAGAGCUUGUACUUGUGUCCUCGUAGAUUGAAGAUUAUGUAAGCUGUGUGUUUUUGCACUGGUGCAAAAGCCCGAUAAAUAUUUAACUGACAUGGUUUGAGUCCAAAUUAGUAAAGUAUUAAAUCAAAUUGCUCCACUUUAGCUUGUUUAUUUUUGUCUUAAAUAGUUUCUGCUUCACUUUGGCCUGGUCAGUCAGUCAGUCACAUGUUGGAGUCACUUAUAGCUGUGAAGUUUCAUAAUAAUUAAUGGCUUAUUUAUGUAAAAUCAUGAAGGGAAUAUCAAGUGCAUGUAACACCAUAAUAAUAAGCUAAAAAGCCCCCCCAAAAAACAACAUGUUCCUACUAUUUAAACCCUCCAUGUUGACUGUACACAAUUUUAUUAACAGACAACGUUACAAAAAAAGUCACACAAGUCCAGAUGACCAUGUUGCUGUUACUCCUGCAUCUUAAUUUGUAUCCCAAAUAAGCUCCACUGCCUGAGCUGACCCUUUGACACCAACUAGCUCACAAUCUUCUCCAGUGUGUGUUAUCUAAGGCUGGCCUCAGUCAGGGUCAGGAGCAGCGUGUGUUACAUGAAAUAGGAAUAUCUGAGGCCGCGACUGGAGACCAUAAAGAGUUCAGGGCUGCAGAUGGAGGAGAGAAGAGGCAGAGUUAGACUGCAAGAAACAUGUUAUUAAUCUUUGAAACAUUUUGUUGUAAAACAAACAAAUAGACACAGAGCUAGUUAAAGUCUAAUCACAAAGGGAAGGUGAGUGUAUUUUAUUUUUUAAGUACUGUGUAACAGUAUGUUACACAAUUUCUUGAAAA